UUUAUAAUAAAAACGGAUUAGUCGCGUUAAAUCUGCAAUAGUGUAAAGAAUAAUUUAUUUUAGAAACAGUUCUAUCAAUGGAAACUCAAAAUAAUAAAAUUGUUCUACUAGUGGCCGUCUUGAUGAUUCAAUUGGUCCAAUGCAAUUGUAAUAAUAAUUACUAUAAUGAAUUUGUUUCUAAGCUACGUUUGAAAAGAGACUCUAUAAAACAGCAAAAAUGGUCUCCAAAUAUGUCAUUUCAUAGAAGUCUUCACAAUUUACCGGAAAAUGCCAUAUAUUGCACGGGACCGAUAACCUCCGAAACAGCACGUUAUGGUUUUUUACGAAAAUAUUAUUUAGCAAUACAAGGAACACCUGAUAGUUAUGUCCAUUCAUUAAAGUGUAUAUAUCCUAGAUCUUUGGAAUUUCCAUAUUUGACUGAUGAAAAGCCAUUAACAAGCGGUGAUAAAUUAAGAGAAGCCUUGCUUUGGGAAUCAAAAAAAUUUCGAGAAUUUUUAGAUAAAGUCAAUAGAGGUGAAAAACCAGAACCAUAUAAAACUAUAGAUAUUGAAGCUUUUACGGAUGAUAUUUUAAAUGAUAUUUUCCAUCACAAGCCAGAUCCUUUAGAUGCUUUAGAAAGUUCUGCUCCGAAUGGUGUUAUUUGUGAACGUCUAACAUUUAGCGAAACAAAUACAUCAGGCGUAGUUGUAGAUAUUAAAAGACCCAUAUGCUAUCCGGCUCCCAGACCAUUAUUUCCAACAACAACAACAACCACCACCACUUCACCAAUAACCAGAAAAUAUCCAACUGUAACUAAAAGCAAUGAUUCCAAAUUUGUUGAUAAGGCAUGUCAAAUUCUUUGUUAUACUGGUCUUAUAUAUCAAUUACUUGCCUGUUGCAAGUAAUUGAUAAACGUGGGAAAAUUAAAUGUUUAAUAUGUUUAUAUAAUAAAUUUCUUAUAUUGUAAAUUUAAAUUUUAUCCUGACUUUUGGAAUUUUAAAUAUACAAAAGAUUAUUCAAGGAAUCAUUCCAUUUAAAAUCUAAAAUUUCACAUAUAUAUUCGAGAUGUUCUAUUUUUGCCUACUUUUAUUUUCUACGAAAAUAUUAAAUUUCACUACACAUACAUAAUUGUUAAAAAAGAAAUAUUAAAUUACAUUAAGAUUGUUCAUUUUUGUAAUUUGCGUCUUCGUAGAAAAUUUGAGAAAUUUAUUACAAUGAAAACAAAAUGAUUAUUUAAUACAAUUUAAGUGUUUACAAUAAAGACCGGUAUAUAUGUAUAUACGUAUUUAUUCAAUUCAAUUUAUUGAGAUGAUUUAGUUAUGAAGUUAAACACAUGAAACAAAUACAAUCAACUCAAAACAAAACCAACGCCACUAAAACUAAAAAAAUUAAAUAAAUUAAAUAACCAACAGAAAA